AUGGCAGUUCAGAACACGCUUGUGGAGGAUAUGACUGAUCCGUUGGUCUUUAAAAGAUGUCUCGGCAGAGAAGAGAACUUUCUAAAUUUUUGCCUUUUCUUUGAGAACGAGAUCGAUCGAUUUGGGUACCAAUCUGUAUUUCAGAAGUACCUUGUUGGUGGUAGUGAGAUGGCUGAUGACAUCUUAUGCCGUAUCUAUAUGGGCUAUGUACACGGCAUCAUCCACAUUGGCAUGGCCCUAGAGUUCAAACAGGCGAGGUUGCUUGCAGAGGGCUUUGCCCAGGCGUGUGUGCACCAUGAUUGGUGGUAUACAGACUACCUCACGGAAGCCGAAAAGCUUUCCAAAAGACAGGUCGAGCCCUCACUCCCACUAAGUGCCUGUGUGGACCUCGCUCGGGCAGAGGAAAAGAUUCGCAAUUGUUCUAGCCCAUACUACCAUUUGCAAAAGAGGAAGGUCACUGGAGAAAUGUGCCUCGAUCUCGAACCCGCUCGGGAUGGCGUGUUGAAGAACGCAGGUCCAGAGUUGGUUCGCCUUGCUGCUCGGUAUCGCGUUGACCCAAAUGACUUGGAUAGAGCAACUGCAGAGCUUCAAAACACUGCAGUGUAUUUGACAGCCGGAGCUCAGCGCCCUCCAUACAUCUGCACAUUUGACUUCUUCCUCUUGCACAGUGUAACAUCAAGUAUCGGCCAUACUAUGUUCCUCGCAGAGCCCUCCCUUACUCGCGAGCAAAAGGCUCGACUUCUGGAGUAUACUGGUCGAGUGUAUCUGUUGUCGUAUGCGGGACAAGGAUGUCCUGAGAUCCACCUUGACUGGUUGGCCUCGCAUCCAUCUCGGCUACCCAAUCAAGGAUGGGACGAGGUAUUUGAUCGGGCAUGCUACCAUGAGGACGAUGGCCACAUGUGCAAGCUUAUUCGGUGCAUGGCCCAUGCCCAAGACACCUCCAAGCCGUAUGACCAUCUGCCUGAGUUUCGGGUUAAACAGUCGCUUUUCUUGACAGCUGGAAUUGCUGCUAUUGAUUCUGGCAGCGCGAAACCUAUGGAUGGAACGAAACAUUUCGACUUCAUUCGUGGAGCUGGCUUCGCUGAGGCUUGGCAGAGAUUUCCUAAGCGUGAUGAACAUCUAGCUGCGAGGGCCCACCUUUAG